CUCACCCUCCCAACUCCAGCCGGUUCUCGGGGGCGCAUUAUGCCGUCCAACAAAUCCGUCUCGGACGCACCCAUCGUUCAGUUCACCAAUUGCCGCAUCCUGCGGAGUCAUCUGCUCCAGAGGGAGGACCUGUGGGUGCGAGAGGGCAAGAUCCUCAACCCAGAAAAACUCUUCUUUGAGGAGAAGGGCUCUGCUGACAUCCAGCUGGACUGUAAGGACAGCAUCAUCGCCCCAGGCUUCAUCGACGUCCAGAUCAAUGGAGGCUUUGGGGUGGACUUCUCCCUGGCUACAGAUGACUUCAAAUCAGGGAUUGACAUGGUCAGUCAGAAAAUCCUCUCCCAUGGCGUGACCUCCUUCUGUCCCACCCUGGUGACCUCUCCUCCUGCUGUGUACCACCAGGUUCUCCCUCAGAUCAGUAUAAGAAAUGGUGGAGCCCACGGAGCAGGUAUCUUGGGGGCCCAUCUGGAAGGACCGUUCAUCAGCAAGGAGAAGAAAGGGGCACACCCAGAGCACUGCCUCCGCACCUUCGAGGCAGGUGCCUUCCAGGACCUGCUGGCCACCUACGGGUCCCUGGACUGUGUCCGGAUUGUCACCCUCGCCCCAGAGAUGAAGAGGAGCAGUGAGGUGAUCCGGGAGCUCACCAAGAGGGGCAUCUGUGUCUCACUGGGUCACUCAGUGGCUAAUCUCUCCCAGGCCGAGGAUGCUGUGCAACAUGGCGCUACCUUCAUCACUCACCUCUUCAAUGCCAUGUUGCCGUUCCACCAUCGUGACCCUGGGAUCGUGGGGCUGCUGACAAGUGACAAGAUCCCAGCUGGGCAGAGGGUCUUCUAUGGCAUGAUCUCUGAUGGCAUCCACACCAACCCUGCCGCCCUGCGAAUUGCCCACCGAGCCCACCCCAAAGGCCUGGUGCUGGUGACAGAUGCGAUUGCUGGCAUGGGACUGGCACCAGGUCGGCACACACUGGGGCAGCAGGUGGUGGAGAUUGAUGGGCUGAACACCUACGUUGCAGGCACAAAGACCCUGAGCGGCAGCGUGGCGACCAUGGACACAUGUGUGCGGCACUUUCAAGAAGCCACAGGCAAUGUUCCCUCUCACCUGAGACAUGAUGAGAAGGGCUGGGAUCAGCAGCACUGUCCUCGGAUGAGCACCUUUUUUUGGGUGCUCAGUAGAGAUCGCGUUGGAGGCAGCAUCUCUGCAUCCUGCCCAGCUGCUGGGGAUUGAACACAAAAAAGGGACACUAAACUAUGACUCCGAUGCAGAUUUCCUGAUGCUGAAUGACGAUCUGUAUGUGCAAGCCACGUACAUCGCAGGCGAGGAAGUCUGGAGACAGGAUGCAUUGGGCAUGUGACGCUGGGCUGUCCCAGUGCCCUCCAGGCUCCCUGGCACUGUGGUAGCAGCUGGGGCAACCACCCCACUUCUCUCUUUUCUUCUUUUGUUUUUUUUAAUUCCUUCCUGCAAUUCCCUUAAAGGAGCCUCAUACCAAAGA